UCCUGUGAUGCUCAGUCAGAGGGCGGACUGUCGUCCUCGGCUCCAUAUCAUCCUUUGGUUUUUUUUUUUUUUCUCAUCCAAGCGGAUCGCCACCCUCCACCCUCCAUCAUUCUAAUCUCCCUCCAUGUCCAUCUCCGGAGAGUUGCUGCUUCACUUUCUCUGCCGCCGAGGAUCGCUUGCGUUCCCGGAUCUUUUGUCUCUGGACGGCGGAGUGUGGCUGCGUCUGCUCGGAAGCAGCAGCUGCGGCAGAUGUGCUGAGUGAUGCAGCUAAUAUUGCUCUGACUUCGGAACACCCCUACGCUCACAAGAAGGCGGCAGGAAGCAGAUUACCGAGGGAUUAUCGAUGCACAAAUGGACACACAGCCAUGCUCCAGGAUUUCUCCUCCACCUGACUGCUGCUCUGAGUGAACUUCCCCGACUAUUUCUCCGGUAUCAUGGAAGAAGAGGAGGAGCCGACAGAAACUCCUUGACUUUUAACCCCGCCUCCUUUAUUGCUUGCUCUUUAAAAAAUAACAGAUUGGUAACAAAAAGCAGACAAAGAGCAAAGUGCAACAAAAAAAAGAAAGAAAGAAAAAAAAAGGUGGGGAGGGGGUGAGAGCUGCUGUCCCAUGAUAUGUCAACACUUCUAAGAGCAAAAUCAGCAUCACAGAGGGUUGUUUCUAUGGAUACCCAUUCCCUGCCCUGUAUUAACAAGUCUGACUGAUUUUCCAAAUCUCUGCAUAUGAAAGCGGUGCAGAAAUAGAUGGAGAUAAAAGCAGAAAAGAUGUCAACUUAAGUUUAUUUCACAUUUCCUUUUUCGAAUUAUUUGCAUUUCCAUCGAAACCAUAAAAAGAACAGGACUACAAGGACAAAGAAGAAAUCAACAUUCAUUUUUUUGGACAGGACAGAAAUAAAAUGAAUCAACAUGCAGCAGAAAAGAAACAUUUUGUCUUUACAAGCCAGCGAGAUGUGACAAAUUUUAACAAAACAUAGUCAAAUCCCAUUCAUUUGUUAAAACUGGUUUGUUUUUCAUAAUGGCUAGCCUAGACACCCCUCUCUUUCUCAUUGGCUUUGAGCUCAGCGGUCACUUUUCUGACCCGCGGCCUCUUGGCACAGGAGUUACGGGCCUGGUCCUGUCAGCUACGGACCAGCGAACUGGACAGCGUGUAGCAAUAAAGAAAUUAGGGAUGCGAGAUGCUGUGACAGUAAAGCACGCCCUGCGUGAGGCAAAAAUCACCCAGAGACUGCGCCAUGAAAACAUUGUACGGGUCCAUGAGGUUGUAGCACCAUAUGGACGUCCACUGCCCCUGGACCCCACCCAAAUCGAUGCCCUCUACAUCGUCCAGGAGUGCAUGGAAACGGAUCUGGCUCGACUGUUGGAGCUUGGACCUCUGCCCACAGGUCAUGCCACUCUGCUGUUCUACCAGCUGUUGAGGGGACUGAAGUUCAUCCACUCUGCCAAUGUCCUGCACAGAGACCUGAAACCUGCGAACAUUUUCAUCAACACAGACCAACUGCUCCUCAAGAUUGGAGACUUUGGACUAGCCAGAAUAGUCGAUCCUCAUUACUCCCAUAAGGGCUAUCUGUCUGAGGGUUUGGUCACUAAAUGGUAUUGCUCUCCCCGCCUCCUCCUGUCACCCAACAACUACACGAAGGCCAUAGACAUGUGGGCCGCCGGCUGCAUUCUGGCUGAGAUGCUCACUGGACGCACACUGUUUGCAGGAGCUCAUGAGCUGGAACAGAUGCAGCUGAUCCUCAACACAGUGCCUGUGCAGAGGGAGGAAGACAGACAAGAGCUAUUACAGGUCAUGCCUUCAUAUGUCAGUCAUGGAUGGAGAGUCAAGACUCCCGUCUCAGAAUUGCUGCCUGAAGUGGAUGCUCAGGCUGUGGACUGUCUUGAGCGCAUCUUGACCUUUAACCCCAUGGAUCGUCUGACAGCUGAAGCAGCACUGUCCCACCCUUUCCUUCAGCAGUACUCCUGUCCUGAAGAUGAACCCAUUUCAUCCAAUCCCUUUCACAUCGAGGAUGAGCUGGAGAGCCUCAUCUCACAGCAGAGCCUAAGCGCCAGCAGCAGUCACACCUCCAGCAUCCACUGGGAUAGGUAUGACAACAGUUUAUCAACUGGCAUGUGCUGGCAACAGUCAGCUGACAGGUGUCGCUGCAUCCCCGCUGGUCAAGUUCGAUCUGAUCUGGGAGAUAACUCAGAGAAUGAAGAGGUGCGCAGAGAUCCACGGGCCAGUUUCAGCUCGCUGGCAGAGGAGGCUCAGGUUGACCCACGCAAAUACUCUCACAGCAGCUCAGCCGAGCGCUUCCUCGAGAACUCUCACUCCUCGCUGGAAAGAGUUUGUGGUGUCGGUUUGGGGGAGUUAGACUGCGGCCGCUCGUGCGACUACAAAGUGGGCUCCCCUUCAUAUCUCGAUAAAAUUGCCUGGCGAGAGGGAAAGCCUCAACAUUACUCCGAGCCUAAGCUGAUUCUGGAUCUGUCUCACUGGAAGUGCAAAAAGAGCAACCUGUCAAUGCCUGCUGAGCCCAUUGGUGGCAGCAUGGAAGACCUGGGGAAAAUGAAGGAAGAAGAAGCAAGUAAGGAUGAGGAGGAGAGUGAGAAUCUGUUUCAAGAAAUUUCUCGCUGGGUGGAGAGCACGCAGUGUCGUUUUCACUCUCCUAGUCCCAGUCCUUCAUCAGAGCAACGCUCCUGCUACACCUCUUCUCCACCUCUCCCGCUCUCUCCCACUGAUCUCCAAACACCCGUCUUCCAGUACACAGAAGUUGUGGAUCAUUCAUCAGCUGAAGAUGAACAACUCAGCCUCUUUCCAUCUCUAGCAUCCUCUUACAAUAAUCUUCCCUCCCUUUUCCCCUCAUCACCAACAGGUCUUCUCUCUCCGGACGUAACUGAAAGACUUUUACCUUCCGACACUCUCCACUCUCAACAUAAGGAAUCUCAACCCCCUUCCUCCACCUCCUCUUUAGCUCCGUCAGUAAAAGCUGACUCUUUGGAGUCUCUGCCUGUUAAGCAUAAGGAGCGACUGCUUGACCUGGACGCUUUUAUAUCUCGGGCACUCCAACUAUGCCGGCAGAAUAAGGAGAAAGCUAAUGGGAAGAAUGGACAAGAUGCAGGAUGGAUGGAGGAAAGCAAGCAGAAUAGCAUUAAAAGAAAGGUACCCAAACUGCCAGAGCACAGGACCUCAACACCACAGACUCCCAACUACUGAUGCUGACCCUCGACGUCAGACCCACAACUGGAUGACAUCAUAUUAUAGCACAGGCAAAUGAUCAUAUGAACCUGAGAUGUUCUCUCUGCUGCAAAACCCUGUUACUAGCAGCUUUUAGUGUUUUUAGCACAUUUUCAAAAACACUUUACCUGAAACACACAACCAUACAUUGUUGUGGGACGGUUGUGGGACGGUCUUUGGCAAAAGGAGUCAAGAUGUAUUCUGGGUAUAAAAUAGGCAAUGAUUUCAACCCUGCAAAUAUGAAGAAUUAGUUUGAUUUGAAUAUAAGUAGAAUCAAUCAACAGUUUUUGCAAAAAUAGAUCAGGUUAAGACUGAAUUAAACUCCACUUUAGCCUUUUCUGUGACACAAAAAAGGUGAGUCUUGAAAGUUUUUAAAUUGUUUCAAAGUCUUCCAAUGGUGUCAUUGAUUAAAACUAAUCAAGGUUAUGUGUUUUUCCCCAAAAUAGUUCUGAAUGGAUUACGGUACUAUACGUAAUUAAAGACAACUGUUUAUGCCAUAGUAAGCUGUAAAUUUGUUUUUGCUGGUUUAACACGCUAAAAAACCUAGUUUGUCACUGUAAACUCAGUUUGUUUAGUUGUUAUCACAUCUAACUCUAACAUUGAUCAAAAGAUUUGUGUGCGGUUUUUGUGGUUAAAGUUAUGAUGAAUCAUUUUAACAAUUUGUUGUGUUUUUCAACAGUAUGUUGUUUGAUUAUGAAAUGCAAAUGAUUUCUGUUAAAUGUUUAUUUUUGUCUUGUAAAAAUAGGAAGACCACUCAAGAUUUUAACUAGAUUUUUGACUAAGUGUUAGGUUUUAUUUUAUUUUAUUUUAUUGUCUAUUGCACCAAACAAACCAAUUUUUAAAUUCUUUUUGACAGUCUAUACCCCUCCAUGUUGGAAUAAUUUAGGUGUUUGCAGCAGACACUAAUGCAAACAACAAUAGCUUAAUCAUACAAAUACUUCAUAACCAGAAAUAUAUAUAUAUUUAUAAGUAAAACCUUAAAGUGCUGCUCUGCGUCAACUUCAACAUCAGUGGAUCCAGUAAUCAUUCUGUAUCCAAUAACUCACAACCAAAUUUGCCACUUUUUGAAAGAGCUUGCGUUAAGGUGCAUGGGAUAUUCUUAAAAAUGUAUUGUGUUGCCUUUCUCCAACAAAUCUUUAGGUUCAAGGAAUUGUACAUUUAUUUAAAAUAUGAAGCUAGAAUCCCAACAGUGAGCAUUGGGAAAUGGCAAAAAACUGGUGCCAAAAAGACAGUCAACUGAAUGUUCUUCAUUUUCUAUCCUUAUCUGCCCAUGACUGUUUUGCUAUUUUAAUGUUCUGCUCUUUCAGUUUACUCAACAGCGUUUUAGCUGCACAUAUGUAUAGCUCCAGCUACAAGAAGAGCCAAAGGGAUACUUUAAAAAAAAAUAGUUUAGACACAUAGGCUAGCAAAAGGUAUUUUUUUUGAGUAUUGCAUUUUACAGAAAUGCCCUAAGUCAAUUAGCAGUCAGUUUACAACAAAUCAAUAGUUUCAUCAGAUAUUUAUUUGAUUUUUUUUAAAAUACACACUUAUUACAGAAUUACUUCUGAAUGGCUUACCACUCUAAAAUAGAAGUUCACUUUCAAAAUAGCUGGAUGCACACCUUCUGUACAUGCAUGCACAAGUUCAAAAGAUGGCAUUUGGGAGAGGUACAAGUUAAAUUCAUUAGGCAUCAAGGCUGAAUAAUUGUUUAUUUAUAUUCCAAAGCACUUGUAGCUUCAGCAUUGCAUUAAGGAUUUAAUCAUUGAAAACCCCAUAAAUACUAAAUUUCCCCAUAUGCUUUGUCAGUGAUAUAUUUUUAAUCUAUAGGUUAAGAAAAACUUUUAGUUAAUCUUUUAUUAUUGAUGUUCCAUCAAUAGAAUUAUAGACUGUGUUCCCUGCAUUUGACCUACCGUAGUUAAACUAUCUUGCAAGUUCAGCUAUUGCAGUAGGCCACAGUUUCAUCCGCAGGUCACAAUCCACCAAUACCAUUCACCUUGACACUGUAACAUGUUCUACUGAGAUCAUGUGCUUCAUCAUACCUCAAUGUAUCCAGCUUGCUGAAUGUAACAUAUCCAUGUGCCCUUCUUACUGCAUGCAUCUAGACUGCAUCAUCAGUUUGUGCUGACUAUUUGUUGAAUCUCUUUGGCUUCAUUUGUAAUAUAAUAGGCUUUUGAGCUGUUUAUUUUAAUGAUUUGUCCUGAUAUCUCUUUUGUAGAGUCAGAUUUCGUGAAAAAAUCAAUAAAAGGACAUUAAAACAA